AUGGGCAAUGAAUACAAUCGUUUCCACCACCACCAAAGACUGCAUCUCCAUUCAAGAACUACAUUCUUGCCCAUUUUAUGUUCAAGAACUUCCAUGAAAGAUGUGGCAAUACUUCCGAAAUGGGAAGAUCGCUCGGUGUCCUCAGACGAUCCUUUGUCCCCAAAAAUCGGUUGCAUGGGCCAGGUCAAGAGGAACAACAGAGUAGUUGGCUUCCCUAGCUCUCAAAAACUCACUCUCACCACCAAACAUAAUGCUAACGGCAGCAGCAGCAGCAGUAGCGACGACUCUGUCAAGUACUCCAAGCUCAAGAAACUCUUCUCUUGUAAGAACCUUGCCGCAACCACCGCCGCCGCCACUAUCGUCACCGCCCCGGCCACCACUGUAAGAUGUCGAAGCCGGAGACGAGUGAACAUGAGUGGUGCAAGCGGGCUCAAGAGUAAUCAUAGUAGUGAGAAAUGUGUUUCUAUUAGCAUCGUUGAUUUGGAUCCUCCAUUACCGGUGAUCAAGCGGGUGCAAAAGCCUCAAGGAGAGGAAGUGGACAAUCUUUGGAAGAGGAGAUCUGGUGGGGUAGCACUGAAAACUCUCCAGCUUCGACAGAUUCAUCAUCCUAAGCGUCAUCUUCAACCUACCACUGUUUGA